AUGCAAAUCGGCGGUAGGGGUACCACGGGCGGCAAGUCGCAGGCCAGCCGUGGGGCCGUCGCAGGCAGCAGCCAUCAGGCCAAAAGAAGAGGCGCCGCCGGUAGCAGAGCGGCGGCCCCCGGGGACAAGGGAAAGCGCCCCCAGAUGUUCGUGCCGCAGCUGUCGUCCUCGUCGUCGCUGUUGCCUCCACGGCAACUGCCAUCGGCGGGCAGCGCGAAGGAGGGAGGCCAGGGCGGCCAGUCGUCCGACACGGAAUUUGCGACGGAGCCGAGGUCCAGGGCGCGGGAGCCCAAAGACCAAGGGCAGCGUGGUGGCUCUAUAGCGAGUGCCCAAGCCGACCCGCCGCCGGAGACGGGCUCCACGGCGACCCCUCAGCGGCCCGAGGGACAGAGCCCCCCACCGAAGAGGAGGAGGGCAGACUCUGGGCCGAAGCUGCAGGGCCCGGAGUUCAAGAUCCCAGAGUCCCGGUGGCAAUACCACGGACCAAAGUCAGCGUGA